AGCAUGAAUUGCCUCUUGAGGUCAUCAGUGAGAAUUUACGACUGGUCAACAAAAGCACGUGAUUCCCAAACGCACCCCCCACCCCACCCCCAUAUUUGGCCGCAUACAUAGCAAAAACGAAGUACAGUGCAUCGCUAUAAUUCAUUAAUACAUCAUAAAUCCUCAAGCACAGGGGUUAUAACGACCCCGAGCCCCACAAAUCAAGCCCCUCCAAAAAAUCUCCCAACCCCAAAUGAGUUCUUACUUUGUAAACUCCUUCUCAGGACGCUAUCCUAAUGCCCCCGACUAUCAGCUGCUAAAUUAUGGGACCGGCAGCUCCAUGAACGGAUCGUACAGGGAUCCAGGCACCAUGCACGCCGGCUCUUACGGCGGCUACAACUACAAUGGGAUGGAUCUGAGCGUCAGCCGGUCGACCGCCUCCUCCUCCGCCGGCCACUUUGCGGCGGUCGGGGAGAGCUCGCGCGCCUUCCCGAGCCAAGCGCCGCCGGAGAGCCGGUUCCGGCAGGCGUCCAGCUGCUCCCUCGCCUCGCCCGACUCCCUCCCGUGCUCCGGCACCAAGAACAACGGCGGCGGCGGCGCGGGCAACGGGGACAGCCAUGCCACCAAAGCCGACUCGUCUUCCCCCGCCGAGCAGCCGCCCUCCGCCGGCCCAGCCCCUGCCGCCGCCGCCGCCGCCGGCUUCACCGAGCUCGACGAGGCCGGCGCGUCGUCGGGAACCGAGGAGACCAGCUCGCAGGCCGGCGGCAACGCGGCCAGGGCUCCGGCGGACCCCCUGGGCGCGCCCACGCCGACCACCGAGGGACCCAGCCCGCAGAUCUUCCCCUGGAUGCGGAAACUUCACAUUAGCCACGAUAUGACGGGACCGGAUGGGAAACGCGCCCGGACGGCGUACACUCGCUACCAGACCCUGGAACUGGAGAAGGAGUUUCAUUUUAACCGCUACCUCACCCGCCGGAGGCGAAUAGAGAUCGCCCACGCCUUGUGUCUCUCCGAAAGACAGAUAAAAAUCUGGUUCCAAAACAGGCGGAUGAAGUGGAAGAAAGAUAACAAACUCAAAAGUAUGAGUUUAGCGUCUGGUGGGAGCGCCUUUCAGCCAUAAAUUAUAUCAAGGAGGGCACAAGAAGGCAUGAGGAGGGGGGGCGUGGGGGGGGGCGGCGGAAGAGGGGUAGCAAAAGCGAGCAAAGUUUAAAACAAAAGCAAGCAAACAGCCAGUCGUGUUUUUUUUCCUCCCUAAAGUUCCAAGUACUACAAAGUGAAGCACUUUUCCAUCCGGCUGGUUUGUUUUGUUUGGGAUGUUUUGAAAGAAACACCUUUCGGGGUACUAACAUUCCAGGACCGUGUCCUUUGCUGCGAUUUUCCCCCUCCCCUUUAAAUUAAAAGAAUAAUAAUAAUAAUAAAGUUAUUUCCAGAGGCUUCUUUAAGGAUCUAAGUGUUCUAAAUGUUUGUGUCCGUGCUAUAAUUGAUGCUUUCUGGAAAAAGCUGGCAUGUUUUUUUUAAUUUUUUUAAAUGUGUGCUCUUUAAAUGUUAUAACUUAUUUAUAAUGUACUGAGAAAAUGGACAGGGGGGUUCUUUUCUAAAAUGUCCUGCUUUUAGGGAGGGUCCUACCUCUUUUCCUUUUUUUCUCAAGUCAGGACAACCUGUCCUUCAAUACGAGGGGUGGAAUUUAAAAACAGAAAAGCCAAGCCACAACCACGUUUUUAAAAAUUACACUAUAUCUAUAUCUAUAAGCUCAUGUAUCUUUCUGUCUUUGAAAAUGUCAAGUCUGUGAUUCGGUCCGUAUUCUGGCCUGCUUUGGGUCUCAGCCCAGUCCUGAGAUCUUUUUGUUUGUUUGUUUCUUUGAAUGUGGGUGAAGUUCACUUUCGAAAGGGUAUACGAUUGGACCAACCCUAGUAUGUUGAAAAAAUGUUUGUAAAUACUAGACAUAUUUCUGCAGUGACUUAAUAGGAAGUUUUAGUGGGCAGGGUGAAUUCCGUGUUCUGUGUAUCUGAAAUGGCAUUUGUCAAGUCUAGCUGCCUGUUCUCAUCUUUGCAAAGAAGCUUUUCGUAUGCAUUGUAGCCUUAACUUGAAGUCAAAUAAACGUUACUCCUGGCCAGAAGGGUAAAAAAAAAACAACCCUCACACUUUCUUUUGUGUUUUCUGUAUGCUACUCGCUGCUAGAAAAUCGCGACACCGAAGUCACA